CACCGUAAAUUCACUGUGGAUUCAUUGUGAAUUCACCGUAGAUUCACUGUGGAUUCAUUGUAAAUUCACAGUGGUACCACUCUAAACUCACAGCAUUACCACUGUGAGAUGACCAUAAAACUACAGUAACCGAAUGGCACAAAAUUAUGGUGAUUUCACCGUAAUUUCAUCAUGGUCGCACUAUCUUUUUACUAUAAUCUCACUAAAAUUUCACUGUGAUUUUACAGUGAUUCCGAAACCGCGAGGGACUUCAAUGUUAUGUGUGCGUUGUCGAUUCCGUGUCAAAGAAUAUAUUCCGCCGGCAUCAGAGGAAGACGAAAUUAUUUCAAGUCAAAUUAGUAUUGAAAGUCUGAGUAUAUCAGCUGAAAUUUGUACUCAAGGAGGCAGUUUAUCUCGAACUGUCAGUAAUUUUAGCGACAAUCUAUGUGAUUACAAUGAUCAUUCUUUAGAGCGAUUUUUGAAAAUUCCUCUUAUUGAAAAAGACAGGUUAUAUUCUGAAAAAAAUCAUGGAGUAAAAAAACUUGAUGAGAGCUAUGCUGCCCUAGAGAAUAAGUUCCAAUCACAAUUUGGAAUAGUACCUGAAUCUACCUACAGAAAGAUUAAUCAAGAUCAUUGCUCCAUGAUAGCUAAAGUGAAGAAAUUAUAUAACGCUGAAAGUGACAAAUCAAUAAAAAAGAAGCUGCUUUCAAUUUUAUCCGACAGUUGGGAAGUCAGUCGUAUAGCAUCUGAAUUUAGCUGUUCUCGAAAAAUGGUACUGAAUCUUAAAAAUGAUAUCAGUGAAUCUGAGAAUGUUGAUUUAGACUCUGGUGAAAUGACUACUAAUACUUUGAAUCCCACAAAAGUUUCAGGCAAUCAGCUGCUUAAGUUAGAUGUAAAAAAACUUGUCAUUGAUUUUUAUGAAAGCGAAGAAAACUCAAAACAAUUAGCGGGCAUGAAAGAUUUUAAGUCUGUGAAGGAUUGUGAUGGAAAUCGAACUACACAUGUCGUAUGUGUUUGUACUAUUCAUCAAAAUGUACAAUUGAUGUUAGAAGGAUGUAAUUUUCCAAAAUUUGCGAAAAACACCGAUUGGGUUGUAGAAUCUCAGCCAAUUUACAAAAAUUUAUUAAAUAAAUUAGUUUGUAGCAAUCCAAAAGAAUCGUGAUUUUCCAGAAUGUGCAAUAGUUGUCCAAAUAAUGAAGAAAUCGCUGAUUAUUUUCGUGUGUCGUUUAAUGAAUCUGAUGUUAAUGAAAUCCAAUAUAAAAUGUGGACAUCAACAGACCGUUGUACUAUUGUGAAUGUUACUUCAGAUU